AUAGAUCUCUCAAUCACUAAUUCCACGAGAUCAAUAUGUGGUAGUUUUAUUUCUCGUAAAAUAGGAAAAAUAAAUAUUGAGACUUUUUUUUUAAAAAAAAAUUUAUAGAAAAUAAGUUUAUAACAAGAUGCGACUUCUCCUAUCAACCUAACAUAACAAUUAUAUUUAUAUAAAAUCCCUUGAAAUAGAGUACGAAAAAUAGGAAGAGAUAAACUAAUGAGAUAAUAAUACACUAAAACUACAACAAAACAAACGAACCAAAAAACAUCUCCAGAAGCACAGAAAGAAGAGAAGAAAUAGUCAUGGAUGGUCUGUGCUUUGUCAUUUACAAACCGUCAAAUUGCAAAUUUAGGGAAAGCCACCAAAAUCCAAGCAUUUCCAUUCCCAAAUCCUCCCUAAAUUUAGAGCUCUUCUUCCAAAAAAAAAAUAAUAAUAACAAACAAAAAACUGAAGAAAGAAGAUAAAAGUUGAGGUGUAAAAGAAUAAAAACCAUUCAUAUAAAAGUUUAGAGAAUUUGUUGCACAACCUCACAAACAUCUCCUCUCCCACCUCAAUAUAACACCAUCCUUGUUCACCUUCCUUUCCUUGACUCCUAUAAGCAGCCUUGGGCCUAUCCAAGGUGGCGGCGCUCUGCAAUUUUCUCCCAAAAUGCAGGCCUCAGGCUGCUUCUUUUUCUUCUUCAUAUUAAUCUUCACUACCUUGUGUUCUUUCUCCUAUGCUCUAACUGAUGCUGAGGCAUCCUUCAUCGCUCGUCGCCAGUUGUUGACUUUCCAAGAGGGUGCAGAUUUACGUGACGACUAUGAACAAACCAUUCAUUUGAUAGGCAUUACUUUUCCCAACUCCAAGCUCAAACGUGCAUACAUUGCACUCCAAGCAUGGAAGAAAGCUAUCUACUCUGAUCCACUUAAUGUUACAGGGAAUUGGGUUGGUCCAGACGUUUGUUCCUAUACUGGAGUCUUUUGUUCACCCGCUUUGGAUGACCCAAAACAGGAAGUUGUAGCUGGCAUUGAUCUCAACCAUGGUGACAUUGCUGGCUACCUUCCGGUGGAGCUUGGACUAUUGACUGAAAUAGCUUUGUUUCACAUCAACUCAAACAGGUUUUGUGGGGUCAUUCCUGAGAGCUUCUCCAGGCUCACACUUCUCUUUGAGCUUGAUGUUAGUAACAACAGAUUUGUGGGUCCUUUCCCAAAGGUUGUUAUAUCCAUUCCCAACAUCAAGUACCUUGAUCUCAGAUACAAUGAUUUUGAGGGAGUUGUGCCUAAUGAGCUCUUUAACAUGGAUCUAGAUGCUUUGUUCUUGAACAACAAUCGGUUCACAUCCACCAUUCCUGAAACUCUUGGCAACUCUCCUGUAUCUGUUUUGGUCAUAGCCAAUAACCAUUUCUAUGGAUGCAUUCCUAGCAGCAUUGGGAAAAUGGGGAAUACUCUCAAUGAGAUUAUUGUCUCCAACAAUAAGCUUGCUGGAUGUUUACCGACUGAGAUUGGUAACCUGGGGAAUCUCACAGUUUUGGAUAUUGGAUCCAAUUUCUUCAGUGGGAUUUUGCCUAAAACCUUCAAAUCCCUCCAGAAGGUGGAACAAUUGAAUCUAUCACACAAUAUACUAACUGGGUUUGUUCAAGAGAACAUUUGUCAGUUGCCCAAUUUGGAGAGCUUGAAGUUCUCUUACAAUUACUUCAAUGGUGAGGCCCAAAAAUGCAAUCCAACUAAGAAUAAAGGCAUUGUGUUAGAAGACAUAAGCAACUGCUUGCCAGAUAGGCCAAAGCAGAAGACAUCAAAAGAAUGCCAACCAAUUGUAAGCAAGCCAAUAGAUUGCAGCAAGGCAAGGUGCAGAGGACCAUCUUCUCCUCACCCACCAUCCCGACCAACAGUUUACUCUCCACCACCACCUACAGUUCACCCUCCCCCACCUCCACCAAUCCAAUCCCCACCACCACCAGUUUCUUCCCCACUUCCACCAGUGCAAUCUCCACCACCUCCAUUGUACUCCCCACCUCCACCAACCCAAUCCCCACCACCUCUAGUGCACUCCCCACCUCCACCAGUCCAUUCUCCACCACCUCCAAUGUACUCCCCACCACCUCCUCCAGUUUACUCCCUGCCUCCACCAGUCCAAUCUCCACCACCUCCUCAAAUUUACUCCCCACCUCCACCAGUCCAAUCUCCACCACCUCCACCUCCACUUUACUCCCCAACUCCACCACCACCAGUCCAAUCUCCACCUCCCCCACCAGUCCAAUCUCCACCACCACCACAACCACCAGUUCACUCUCCACCUCCACCAGUCAACUCUCCACCACCCCCACAUGUCCAAUCUCCACCUCCACAAAUCCAUUCUCCACCACCACAACCACCAGUUCACUCUCCACCUCCACCAGUCCACUCUCCACCACCCCUACCUGUCCAAUCUCCACCUCCACCAAUCCAUUCUCCACCACCACCGAUCUAUUCUCCAUCCCCACCACUAGUCUAUUCUCCACCCCCACCACCAGUCCACUCUCCACCACCCCCACCACCAGUCCACUCACCACCUCCACCGCCUCCUUCCCCAUCUCAUUCGACUCCUCCUCAUUCAACAUACUCACCGCCACCACCACCCCCAGAUGAGUUGAUUCUACCACCAACCUUCGGGUUCCAGUACGCAUCCCCACCGCCACCAAUCUUCCAAGGCUACUAA